AAAGUGCAUAAACGCCGGUACGUACGAAUCAAAUCUUCAGAAAAUUAAAACGAAAGAGUUCUUCGAAAAGCAGCAAAGGAUUUCGAUUCACCAUCACGGCCUGUGCACGAGGGACCUAUGGAAAGAAGAUAUUUGGAGUUGUAUAUUUUAACUGAUACCUGUCCAUCGAAAGAACUAGAGGAGCUCCAACAGAGAAAGAAGGAAACUUGCUGCACAAUGGAACACUUUUUAAUUUUCAAUUUUUUAAUUUUUUUUAGCUUUUCACUUUAAUAAAAUUAAAUUU